CCAAAUCUGUCCCCGCGCAGCCGCCGCCGCCGGGCGCCGAACGGGGCGGCCGCCCUCCCCGAGGCGCGCCUGCGCACGUUCCCACGCACGCUCCGGUGUACGGCGGCGGCCAGGGGUCGCGAGCCGGUGGAGGACCCGCGCGCGGAGGAGCCCGCAGAGUCAGCGCUUCUUCCCUCCCUCCCCUAUUCCCCUCCCCGCUCCCUCCCCCCCCCAAGAAUGUUCCGCUACGAGUCUUUGGAGGAUUGUCCUCUGGAUGAAGAUGAAGAUGCAUUUCAGGGCCUGGGUGAGGAAGAUGAAGAGAUUGAUCAAUUCAAUGAUGAUACAUUUGGGUCAGGUGCAGUUGACGAUGAUUGGCAGGAAGCACAUGAGCGCCUGGCUGAAUUGGAAGAAAAGCUACCCGUGGCGGUUAAUGAACAAACAGGCAAUGGAGAAAGGGAUGAGAUGGACUUGUUGGGUGAUCAUGAGGAGAAUCUGGCAGAAAGGCUCAGUAAGAUGGUGAUUGAAAAUGAACUAGAAGAUCCAGCUAUCAUGAGGGCAGUACAGACCAGGCCAGUGUUGCAACCCCGACCAGGAAGUCUCAAUUCCAGCAUCUGGGAUGGAUCUGAAGUUCUGAGGCGAAUCCGAGGACCACUGCUUGCUCAGGAAAUGCCUACAGUGUCUGUGUUAGAAUAUGCCUUGCCUCAGAGGCCCCCACAGGGCCCAGAAGAUGAUCGGGACGUUUCUGAGCGUGCAUUACCGAGGCGGUCAACUUCGCCUAUCAUUGGGAGUCCUCCUGUUAGAGCUGUCCCCAUAGGCACCCCACCUAAGCAGAUGGCUGUACCCAGCUUCAACCAACAGGUUCUGUGUCCGAAGCCUGUCCAUGUUCGACCCCCAAUGCCACCACGCUAUCCUGCUCCCUACAGUGAGAGGAUGUCUCCAAACCAGCUCUGCAGUGUCCCGAACUCUUCCCUACUGGGUCACCCUUUCCCUCCUAGUGUUCCUCCUGUUCUCAGCCCCCUCCAGAGAGCGCAGCUUCUUGGAGGAGCACAGCUACAGCCUGGACGGAUGUCUCCCAGCCAGUUUGCACGGGUCCCUGGAUUUGUUGGUAGUCCACUUGCUGCCAUGAAUCCCAAGUUGCUGCAAGGGCGAGUUGGGCAGAUGCUUCCCCCAGCACCAGGCUUCCGUGCCUUCUUUAGUGCUCCAGCCCCUGCUACACCGCCUCCUCCUCAGCAGCACCCUCCUGGCCCAGGGCCUCACCUGCAAAACCUAAGAUCACAGGCCCCAAUGUUUAGACCAGACACAACCCACCUUCAUCCACAGCACCGUCGACUCUUGCAUCAGAGACAGCAACAGAAUAGGAAUCAGCAUCGGAAUCUCAACGGUGCAGGAGAUAGAGGAAGUCACCGGAGCAGUCAUCAGGAUCAUCUCCGAAAGGAUCCAUAUGCCAAUCUCAUGUUGCAGCGAGAAAAGGAUUGGGUCUCUAAAAUCCAGAUGGUGCAGCUGCAAAGCACUGAUCCCUACCUGGAUGAUUUUUAUUACCAGAAUUAUUUUGAAAAACUGGAGAAACUGUCAGCUGCUGAAGAAGUGCAAGGUGAUGGCCCAAAAAAGGAGCGCACCAAGCUCAUUACCCCUCAGGUGGCCAGACUGGAGCACGCCUAUAAGCCAGUGCAGUUUGAGGGCUCUUUGGGAAAGCUUACUGUCUCUAGUGUGAAUAAUCCCCGAAAAAUGAUUGAUGCUGUUGUGACAUCUCGGAGUGAGGAUGAUGAGACAAAAGAAAAACAGGUUCGGGACAAAAGACGAAAAACCCUUGUCAUAAUUGAGAAGACCUAUAGUUUACUCCUUGAUGUGGAGGAUUAUGAAAGGCGUUACCUCCUAAGUCUGGAAGAAGAGCGACCUGCCCUGAUGGAUGAAAGAAAGCACAAAAUUUGUAGCAUGUAUGACAACUUAAGGGGGAAAUUGCCUGGACAGGAGAGGCCCAGUGAUGACCACUUUGUACAGAUCAUGUGCAUCAGAAAAGGGAAGAGAAUGGUUGCCCGUAUUCUUCCUUUCCUCUCCACAGAGCAAGCAGCUGACAUUCUCAUGACAACAGCCAGGAACCUCCCUUUCCUUAUCAAGAAGGAUGCACAAGAUGAGGUGCUGCCAUGCUUAUUGAGUCCCUUCUCUCUUCUCCUCUAUCAUCUUCCAUCAGUGGCUGUCACCAGCCUUCUGCAACAGCUAAUGAACCUACCUCAGAGUGCAGCUGCACCAGCACCCUCCAAUCCUCACCUCGCUGCUGUGCUCCAGAACAAGUUCGGCCUGUCACUGCUCCUCCUCGUGCUGAGCCGGGGGGAAGACCUGCAGGGCUCAGACCCCACUUCAGAAUCAACGCAGAGCAACCAGUGGACGGAGGUGAUGUUCCUGGCAACCCGAGAACUUCUGCGGAUCCCCCAGGCAGCCCUGGCCAAGCCAGUCUCUAUACCCACAAAUCUAGUAUCCCUGUUUUCUCGUUACGUUGACCGACAGAAACUGAACUUGCUGGAGACAAAACUGCAGCUAGUUCAGGGGAUACGAUAAAAGAGCUCCACAUGUGUCCUGUACCUCCUUUUGGCUGCCACCUGCACUGCUGCCACCACCAAUGGAGUGUUGUUUUUAAUGAGGGAGGGAAGGUAGCUUAUUCCCCAGAGCGCCUUGUGGGACCGAUUCCUGUUCACAGGGGUUGGCUCUGAAUGCCAGGUAUUUCCCCACUGGUCUGUGAAAUGUGGCUGGGUGAUACUUCUGCUGGUUUCUUCUUACCGUCUGUGUUACAAUUCUGCAUGUCCUACUUUUACCCAAUUCUUCUCAAUUUUGCAUUUUCUUUGCCCUAGAAACACAAAUAUAAUCUCUCCCUUUAUCCCACUACCACUACUCCAGUUCAGAGUAGAUUGUAGCUUGCCAAAGGAUUCCUUCCCUCAUCCUACUGAAGUCUUUUUUCAUUGUCCCAUAUUAAUAUGACUGUAGGAGAGCCAAUUAAGUAGAAGUCUAUAUAUAUGCGCGCACACACCCCCC